UCUUCCGCUUUCUCUUCGAAAUUUAAAAGCAGUAUUGCACGUUUCUGGCUUCAAAGAGUGCCUCUCCUUUCCACUCGGAGCUCUUGUCGCACAUCCUUAGGGCUCAAGGAAGGUAACCAUAUCAGGAAGGGCUGAAAGAAUGGGUCUGUUUGGAAAGGAACCUGAAAAAAGCCCGCGCGAGCAGGUGAGAGAGUGGAGAACCAAACUGAGGCGAGAAACGAGAACUCUGGACAAGCAGAUCCGCUCCAUACAAGGAGAAGAAGCAAAGGUGAAGAAAUCACUGAAGGAUGCAGCUAAGAAAGGCCAAAAAGACGUUUGUAAUAUCCUUGCCAAGGAGAUGGUUCGAUCACGCAAGGCUGUGAACAAGAUCUACGCAUCAAAGGCUCAGAUCAACUCUGUGAUGAUGCAGAUGCAGAAUCAGCUGGCCACACAACGUAUGGCUGGUGCGAUGGCGAAGAGCACGGAAGUGAUGCAGUCCAUGAAUCAGUUGAUGAGAGUGCCGGAGAUUGCAGCUGUCAUGCGUGAACUCUCCAAGGAGAUGACGAAGGCUGGUAUCAUUGAGGAAAUGAUGGAUGACGCAUUCGAAUCUGCAUUGGGUGAUGAGGACGAGGAGGAGGCUGCUGAGGCUGAGGUGGACAAGAUCCUCUUUGAGGUUACCAAUGGUAUUCUGGGCCAAGCAGGACCUGUGGAAGACAACCCCCUGCCCGCGCCAGCAGCUGCUGCCGCCGCUGCUACCGCUGCAUCAGACGAGGAGGAGGAUGACGAGAUGCGGGCUCGCCUGGAGGCCCUACGCAGCUAAGUACAGUUGGGUUUCUGAGAGUGGGCGCUUCACUGGGAAUGUGCUUGCGUCGCCCCUGGUUCUUUCGUGUUGAUUCUCCCGGCCAUAGAUUCUCGGUCUGAAAGACGUUGGACGUUGGGAAAGAGAGAGAGGGGGGAGAAUAGGCAACUUGGCGUUUUACUUGUUGCUGUACAUACCCUGUAUAUAUCGCCGUCAAGCUGUAUUUUCUGCUCUUGAUUGUCAUGUUGUUAUUUCCUUGAUUAUAUCUACAAGUACCUCCUUUUUAACACCUUGCAGUCAACUUUCUAUGCAUCUUCCCAGCCCUGCUUUGCUCCAGUAGAUGUCGAGCAAUAGUCGAUGUCUGAUUCGCUUGUUUGGUGGCAACUUUCCUGAGCUGUACAUUAUUGCUGCUUAAAUAAGUUGUGCAUUCUUUGAUGGUGCUGCUACAACUGCUACUGUUUAUUUUGUUUAUUUUUUUCCUCGUUUGCAUUGGGCUGUGCCUGCUAUAUGAUUGUCUUGUUUUGUGUCUACCACUUUUAAAGGUUUGUAGUCUAUAGGAAGCCUCCUCCAGGGGGGCAUAUGUUGUACUGACUUGUACAUGAAAUGUAACAACUAUCAGUCCGUGUUUUACGUUUGCACUCUUCUUCCACAGGCUGGAAGGUGUGCCUUGCUUUGCUGCUCCUUGUCCUUGCCUUGCUGCCCCUUGUCUCUAUUGUUGCUUAGUGGUCUCAUUUGAAUGCUUUGCUUUUGCUACCAGUAUACCUAGUACCUCAUAAAUGAACAUUUGCCUGUGCACGAAUGGCAAUUUACUCCGUAUAUAUUAAAUCAGGGCAGUCUUGUCUGACUAUAGUUGAGAACAUAAUCAGCAUGCCCUGCACAAGCCAUGAACAUGGGCAUGCCCGUGAUAGUAGGGAGGUUUCGCUCGACGUAAUUACAUAUGAAAAUAACGUAGGAACUGCACGUAAUACAAUUACUCUAGACACUCUAGAUACUAGAUACUCGGUACUCUAGAUACUAGAUACUCUAACAAUUUUAUCAAACAUUAUGAUAAUUACCACAUCAAAUGCUGCGGAGACCUAUCCAGAAUCGGCGAUAUGCUGGCCCUGGCCUGGAGAUCUGCAACUAUAAUCAGCUUCUACUUUGCAACACUAACGGAUUAGUCCCCUUUGUCGAUUGAUGGAUCAAUCGGUAGAUUCGGCUCUGUUUUUCUUUCCUUUCUUUCUUGUUUUGAAUUGUACGUUGAACUCAUUGGAUUUCUUUGUAUUCUGUAUCUCGUUAUCGUUAUCGUUAGAUUUCCCUCUAGCCCUCUCGCUUAGGAUGAGCUUUCUUUUUUAUGGCAGCUUAAGCUUUAUGCAGGUUGAUGCCAACGUUGCAACGCGAACAAGCAAAAUAAUAAUAAUAAUAAUACUGCACGUAAUACGUGAAAAUCA